CGGCACAGUUGUCACUCUUUCACUCUCUCGUAUUCCUUCUUUUUUCCUCUCUUCUUCAGCAACACCUCUGGUUGUGGCUCCAUGGAUGUUAUCAGUUCGUUGCAGAGACAGUUCGUUAAUUACACAACUUCCCUUUAUUGCGAGGGUUUCUUGGAUGAUCAGUUUACGCAGCUUUAGAAACUGUAAGAUAAGAGUAACCCAGAGUUUGUUGUUGAAACAGUAUCACUGUUCUUUCAAGAUUUUGAGAAGUUUCUCAACAAUUUGACCUCUUCUCUGUGAGAAUCUUUUGUCUAUUUUGUCUUUCUUGUAUUUUUAAUGUAUAGGAAUUGAAUAUGGAGACCUAGGAUUAAUGGGUUGUUUUUGGAUAUACAAACAACAACGGAUUGUAGAUUAUAAACAGGUGGAUGCCCAUGUCCACCAGUUCAAGGGUAGUACCGGUGUUUAUUCAUGUAUUUCGUUGAAUCUGUAAAUCUU